GGUUUGACAUGCAUAUUGUAAUUAACCUUUACGUCUGGUGUGAAGUUUGUUUACAAGAAGUACUAGUAAACUUGGAUUUAUAAAUAUUACAAUUUGUAUUUAAAGAUGACAAAACUUACAUUUUCAUCAAAUGAAACUACAAGUAUAGAAAAACCCAUUGAGCUGACACGUUCUCCUGUUAACACGAAUCCAGAUGACUUAGACGAUGUAUAUGAAUUAAAUCGAUGUGCCCAAUGGAUUCAACUCAAUAAAUUUAAAAAGGUUUGUCUUCAAUUCCCAGACUAUUUACUUCCAGAUUCCAGUAAUGUGAUUUUAAAACUCCAGAGUAUUUUAAAUACAACAUUGUACUUAUUAGGUGAUACUGCAUAUGAAAGUUGUUGUGUAGAUUAUAUUGCAGCUGCUCAUAUAAAUGCCGAUGCAAUAAUCCAUUUUGGUCCUGUUUGUUUUUCAAAAUCAUCUGCAGCAAUUCCAUUUAUAAAUAUUUAUGAAAAGCUUCCACUUAAUAUUGACCAAUUGAAGGAUAAUUUUAAAGAAACUUUUAAAGAUGAAAACCAACAGGUGGUGGUUAUAAUUGACGUCGGUUAUAUCCAUUUAUUUGACAAAAUAAAAAGUAUUUUGGAAAGCUAUACAAACAUUAUGUUACAAAGAAUUGACGAGAUGGCGACUUGUUCCUCUGGACAAACAGUUUUCUUUAUAGGCAGUAAUGAAAUGAAAUUAUUAAAUGUAGCUCUAAGUAUGAAACCCCUCAAUCUAUAUUAUUAUGAGGGAAGUAUAAAACUAUUCGAAGCUACGAAUAAAAUAAUAAGAAGAAGGAAUUACGUCGUUGAAAAAAUAAAAGAUAGUGAAACUAUUGGGAUAAUUAUCGGUACAUUGGGAGUAAAAAAUUAUUUGAAAGUGAUAGAGAGAAUGAAAGCAUUAAUUAGUCAAAGUGGGAAAAAAUAUUAUCUAAUUAGUGUUGGGAAACCUACUGUUUCAAAACUGGCUAAUUUUCCAGAGUUAGACGUUUACGUGGCGAUAACAUGUUCGAUGAGUGAAAUUUAUUCUAACAGAGAUUUUUAUAAACCAAUUGCUGUACCUUUUGAUGUCGAAGUAGCUUUAAACGCAGACCCAGAAAGGCAUCAAGAUUUCACAUUCAAUUUUAACGAUUUUAUCAACAAAUGCGGCAUAAAAACUAGUCCAGAAUCACUCGGAGAUGUCAGUUUAUUAACAAAUAAGCUACGAUUACCUAAUACAAAGGAAUCUACAAAUAACGACGAGGACAAUCAAUCUUUAGCUUUAAAAAGUAGCGGUUCAUUAGCACUACAAAGUUCCGGUGCUGGGUAUUUGGCUCAAAGGUCUUGGCAAGGUUUGGAACAAAAACUAGGCCAAACUGAAGUAGGAUUGGCUAAAGAAGGACGUUCGGGAAUAGCGUCGCAAUACGAAAAUGAACAGCUUUAGAAAAAUUCAUAAGGUAUACGCAGCCAAUAUAGCCAUGCCAAGACAUUUAAUAUUUUUACAUCAUGAUAUUUCCAAAAUUUAGGAUAACCUAUAGUAUGAAGUAUAUUAUUGUAAUAGUCCAGUCAUUUUAUGCACUUUAAACCUCAAUAUUCGGAAUUAUUUCUGAUGAGCUGAAUUUUUGUAUAGAUCUUUAUAACAUUGUUGUAAUGAACAUGUGAAAAAUCGACAUCGAUAUAGUGUUGUAAAGGUCAUAAGGUCACAAAAAUCGGUAUUAAAAAGAAAUACAAUAUUAGGUUAAGGUGUGUGAAUAAGAACAUGUGACUAGUGACUGGAUUGAAGAUUAACUCCAGUUUAUCAGAAAGAAUUUUGUUCAACAAAAUAUAAAAUAAACUUCCAUGGUUCUCAACACAUCAUAGUUGCUUUCUCAACGUUGUACUCCAAAGACGAUUGAUUUUACACCUAACCUAAUCUAACCAACAGAAAAAUUUUAAAAAAUGCAAAUUUUUUGUAGAUAAUUUUACUAGGAACAAUUUUUCUAAUAAUGGCUGUUGUUUUUUUGGUAUUUGUACAUGAGUCCUUACCAGGAAGAUUAUAACUAAGUCCUUUCGAUCUAGAUAGUUCUUCACAAGUUUUCUCAGAUCUCAGGGAAAACCUUAUGUCGAUGUUACUAAAAUAUGCGUUUCAAUUUUUCUUUCUUCUUUAACUGAUAAUAUAGCCUUACCACCUAGAGUUUUUUUUGUGUUUUUUGUUCAUCUUAUUUUGCAAUAUGGAUCGAGGUAUUUUAUAUCUUUCGGAAGCCAGUCUUUGAGACAUAACACUCGACUUAAUAAGUCGAACUGCUUCUUCUAAUUGUGCUGGGGUGCAGUUCCUGCUUCCUUUAUAACGACCCAUUAUCAUUAGAAAAACAUAAGGGAAAGGCAAGAAAUAUGACACUUUUUAAUUUUUGUAAAGAAAGGGGUAAUAAUUUAAUUUAUUCCAAUAGUUUUAUAUAAAAAAGAUAAAACGAUAUGUAUACAUACAAUAAUAAUUAUUUCUUUAAAGCAAUGAUGAUGACCUGGGUAGGCAAGGGAUGUCACCGAAAUGGCUUAUCAAUUUGCUAGGGAAGAAGCACCAUGGUCUCCCUAGUAAUGGUUGAAGUGGCGCCAUAUUACUGAAACCAUGUCUGUGAAGUGAAAGCAGGAUAUUCUCUCAAUGUUGGUUAAGUAUUCGCCUAGAAGCAACACCAUCUACAGAAAUUGCUUGCCCUUAAGGAUUUUCAAAAAAAUACGGUCCAUCUAUUGCCAACACACACCAAACCGUCACUUUAGAACUGUGAAGUAGCUCUUGAUGUAUUAAACGGGGGUUUUGUCUUUCAUUGGACCAAUAACGACAAUUUUGCUUGUUUACACUUCCAUUCAAAUCACUCCAAAAGAUUAAGCGCUUGUACAAUUUGAAUUUCAAAUGAAUGAAAUUUAAGAUGCUUCUUCAAUAUUUCGUGCACUAUCGUUAUUGGAAGCUCAAGCGAACGGACUAACGCAGAUUAUCGCGCAAAUUCAAUGUUCUGGACGUCCUGUUGAGGAUUGUUGUCUGUCUAACUUGUUGCUCGGAAACUUCGCACCCAUGAUCGAAUCAAAUCUUCACUUGUAACGUGAACAAAAUCUUCGACGAACAAUUGCACACGAAUCAUUGGCUUUGAAAUACGAUUCGAUUGAAAACGCACGUUGUCCACUGCGACAUCGCGACUAAAUAAUCCGCCAGAAUGACGAUGCCAAUGCUGAACCCUCCCCGCCCCACCGCUCAAUGGUUACGGAGAAAUUUGAAUCCUAAUUCUGCCACCGGACACCCGUUACGUAAUGUUUUUUAACCCAAUAACAAUUAUUAGCUAUAACUACGACACCUUAACAUUAACAAACAGUUCGGAUUACUAACAUUAAGAAUUUAUAUUUUACCAUAUAGACCAAUGUCUUUCAAAUAUUGGAUCAGGUGUGGUAACUGUUUCACGUUAUUCAAACUUUUUUCCUAACUUAACUUUCUUGGAACGAACUUCCUAGCUGGUGGCUAAGGCGCUUAUUGGAGUAUUGUGGGCAACUUGUUAGUAUUUGGUUGACUGUCAGUGGUAAUUUGCAUUUGGGAGGAUCAGAAGCGACAAUUAAAUGAGUCAGUGGAGUCUCUACGACUCAUGGGUGGUAGGUUUCUAUAGUCGAUGGACCGUUGAAUCCCAAGCAGCUUGUCCAUUGGUCGCGUAUACGUCUUAUGUUAGCUAUGACAUAAUUAUGGAUUUGUAUAGAGUCUGUGUGAAAGUUUAACACCAGAGCUUGAAAGACUGUCAUUGGAGUCAUGAAUAUUCUGAAUGAUAGGGUGUACUGGAUAUAUUUGUUUGUGCUGAUAGCUGAUUGUUUAUCGUCAGAGGAAAGGGAGUUCAAGACUUGGAGGAUUGCAUAUAAUUGUACAAAUAUUAAAAGAAUGGCCAAAGUCACCCAACUUUAUGGUUUAGGUAGUUACCGAGCUGAGGAAUUGAUCACAUUACCAACUUGGGCUUAUUGGCUGCAUGUACCUCAGUUGAAAGGUUUGCGAUACUUACUAAUAGAUUCAUAAAGAUUUUACUUCUUUCAAUAAAUCCAAUAAUCCAUUUUUUUAUUAAUUAUACAGACUCAAAAAAUAAGUAAUUUAUUUCCUCAUAUUUUUAUAAACACCAAAUAACAAAACAAUGUGACAACAGUGUAAUAGAGCACUUGAAAAAUCGGUGCUUGGAUAUACAUUCCAACAAUAUUCUAUCAAAGCUAACAAUAAAAAUUUUAAUGGUAUAUUGUAUUCGGUACAAAAUACUAAAUAUGGUAAACUAUGAAAAUACCAACUAUAAAAUUGAUAGUGUAACGAUCUGGCACACGCAACGCCAAUUAAAUUAGCAACAAAGAAAGGCAAUACGAAUAACUGAACUAUUUUAGAUAGUUUAUCUUCAAUUUUAACAGUUUCUGAUUCUUCUUUUACUCUUCCGCUGUCUUUUAAUUGUUUUUCGAAAGAACGUACGAAAGCUCUUUGACUUUUAGUCAUUUUCUUUUCUUCCUCUUUCGAUUGUCUCUCAGCCUCUGUUUUCUCUCUAAUAAUUUCCAGUCUCAAUUCACCAGUGACCAUAUUCAAUUUAGCAUAACUACUCAGAUAUUUUUUCAAAUGGGGUAAGAAUAAUAACAGCAACGAUACGUGUAAUACCAAUAAUCCUAUAUGAAAUAGUUUGUUUUCGAAAAUUUCUCUUGAUAAGAAUCGGUAGUUUACAGUCCAUUUGUGUUCGAAAACGCGACCUAGAUCAAAACUACCCUUUAAAUAUGACACUGGAUUCUCGUAUAAAAACGGAAAACCUAGUACUAAUUGAAUUACCCCACAAAUAAAUAAAUUUAUAAACGUAUCAACAUAACUCAAGUUCGUUAAAUAAGCUAAAAGAAGACACGGGGCAUAUAAUAAAAUAUUCAUUUUUACAGAAACUGCUAAUGAAUAAAAUAUACUACCGAGUAACCAUUUGUUAUCUAUGAAUAAGUUUAAACUUAUGUAAAACAAUAAAACUGCUACGGGAUCAUUGAAAAGUCUUAAAACGAAUAUAGAAUGAAUCCUAUAUGAUGUCAAAGUUGUAAUAAUCAAGGCGUAAGGUGGUAAUUUCAUAGUUUUUCUAAAUAUCCUUUGUACCAAAUAGGUUUGUAUCAAAUAAAAACCUAAAAAAAUGUAUUGAGCUAAUAAAAUAUUUGUACCUUUCGAA